AGAAUCAAUGUUUAGGGCAUUUUGGUUUCUGUCAGUUUUUUUUAAACUGACAGUUAAUCAAUGGAUUGAGUGAUUUUUAUAUAAAGAGUAGUGUUGAAUGAUAAUGUCUUAUAUCCAGUUGUAUACCAUGUAAAACUUAAUUUCAUAUGCUAGAAGAAUUCUCGGUUUGUACAGAUUACUUCAACGCAUAUAUUUGGUUGAAUAUUACCACUAAUAUGUUUUUCAUCAACUGUAUAGUUCAUCUAAAGAAUUUAAAUGAAUGAAAAUCUAACUGUUUCAGGUUUUUCACCAGUUUGAUUAAUUAGUUGUCGCCUAAAUCAUGUUAACUUUAUUAUGGUCACCGUGAAAUCUGAAUAUCUUGAAGUCUAUCACCGAUUGGAUCGUGGAUAAGUAGUGAAUGAACAUCUACUGGUGUUAUCGUGAACAAACUCAUUUGGAGAAAACCAAUUUAUUACAGAGUAACUUUAUAAAAUAUGAAAACCAUACAUUAAAUACAUUAGUAUUACAUCUUCCUUCAAUUAUCUUGUACGUGCUUCAUAAUUCUACCAAAUCUGUUGUUAUUCUAAUUUCUCUCUAUUUCUUCCCUUAUUUUCUUCAUUUCAAUCUUCUCGAUCUUUAACUGGUAAGCAUUCUACUUCCGAUUAAUGCUACAUACUACUUAUAUUCGUCAGCAUAAAUAGCAUACACUACAAGGUGACUGAUGUAUCGUAUGUGUCCGACUAGUGUUUACGUCGAUGAGAAAUGUUGGCUAGAUUUGAAAUAUGGUACAAGAAUGUUAGUGGUACCUAAGCCAAAAACAUGUCAUCCAUCUAUGAAUACGAUAUAUGUCGCCUAAAAGAAAAGUUAUGCUGAAAAUGCAUGUGGUUUACCAUCUGAACAAGAUUAGAUACAUAAUUUACUCGAACUCUUUUCCUAAUAGAAUAUGUAUUGCAUCAAACAAUGUGAAAGUUGACGUUGAAUUAUUGUAAAUAAAUGAUAAUACAGUAAUCUAAACCAAAGAAUUCUAUCAAUACUAAAUCCCACAGGGGGCGAGGUCGUGGAUGCGCACUGCUGAGGAGUCCCACAGUAGGGAGAAAUGGCCGUCCAGUGCUUCCAGGCUUUCCAUGGUGGUCUAGCUUCAACUGGCUCAUGAUCUUAACCACUGAAAUUAAUAUUUGUAUAAUUGGUUCAGUGUACCGUACAAAGUAUACAUUCUAACUGAAUCGAACCACUAAAUACAAAGCUUAGAUCAAGCAGAGCACCCUACAGACUGCAUCCAAUCAUGUAUAGAAAUGGAAACAUCUAACUAAUUAUAUAUAUAUAAGUCUGGAAACUAGUCAAUCAUGGAAAAUAAAUAAAUAUUAUUUUAAUCAGGAAAAAAGAACAAGUCACAAAUAGAUCAUUAUUCCUCUUCUUCUCCUAAACUACCCAAAAAUAAAGAAUUCGUCCAUUCUAGUUGCCAUAGUAACACAUAAAAUUAAUUACAUUUUGCAUGUAUGUAUAUAUAUAUCAAAAGGAUUAUAAUUUCGUUAAGCUUUUUGUCUAAUUUUUAUAACUGGUUAGUAUUGUUAUUAUUGAAUGUGGAUACUCCUACCUUGUGUGUGUGUGUAAUUGUUCAGUGGCCGUUUUGUUUUUUUGUUUUUUUCCCUAAAAUACAAUGCACAUUUGUCUUUUCAUCGUCUUGCUUAUCAUUCUUAUCAUCAUCGUCAUCAUCAUCAUCGCCAUCAUCACCAACAACGACAACAACAACAACAACAUCACUGUUAUCAUUAACUAGUACAUUUUCUAUGAGAAGUAAAAUUGAGAAUAAAAAGUGUUGUGUUUUGUUUUUGUUAUUAUUUUAUUUUCUAUCUGAAAUUCGUUAAAUAAAGACGAAUAUUGUAAAACUGCCAUGGUAAUAUGGACUAGGAUCACAUGUGCAUAAAAAUGAAUUUAAUGAAGGAUAUAAAAAUAGAAUAUUUCGACCUUUUGGUUAUAAUGUAUGAGUAAAUACAAUUUAGGAACAUUUGAUAUAUACAUAUUAGUAGUUGAAUUCAUGAGUCAAUUGAAGCUAGAUCACCAUUUAAAAUCUGGAAGCACUGGACGGCCGUUUCAUCCUAGUAUUCGACUUCUCAGCAGUGCACAUCCACGAUCCCGCCCUCAGCGAAAUUCGAACCCAGGGUCUUCAGUCUUGCACGUGAACGCUCAACCUAUUAGAUCAAUGAGCCAUCCGGUAUCCAAUGAUGUUAAUCUAUAACCUCGACCAAUCCACGAAAUUGCGCGACCAUUUUUCAUUGUACCGAGCUAGAUACCUGUCUAUAUAGGUGUAUCACUUUUUGAGAUUACAAAAAGCACGUAUUUUGACACUCAUAUCCUUAAAGAAAGGUAAUAUAACCUCUAAAAUACAGUAUCUGACUCACGCAUAAUAGAACGGAAUCUAACCGAAAAUCUAUGCUCUGGAAUAUCUAAACAUGUUAUCCAUUACUAUGAAUGUUCUUUAUUCUUACCAGUAAAAUAGUUUAGUUCACCUUAAAUUAUUUUACUUAUUCACUUAUUGUUUAGAUAGUUUUGUUUUCCAGAAGCGUAAAUAAAGUAUUAGAGAAGUUUGUUGAAACAUUGUAUACUGAGUACUCCAUAUUAUAUAAAGAGAUAAUAAUGAUCAUUAUUAUUGUUAGCAGUGGUGUGGUUUGUGCUACUGAUGUCGAUAGAUAUAAGUAGUAUGUGUUAUUAUUCGAAAAUGAAAUAUCAGACGGAAGAAGGUUAGGAAUAUCAAAGAAAAGAGAACGGUAACGGAGAAUGAUUGAUGUGGAGACAAAAAGAACAGUCAAAUUUAAUACGAUUGACUGAUAUUUUGCAAACCAAGUAUUUACUGUAUGGUUCUGUGAUUUUACUAAGACAUUAUGUUGUGUCCCAAUACAUUCGAUUGUCCCCACUUGUGUUAUUGUUCACUACAGUAGUAGUAAGUAAGUA